UUAUUACAAACAAAGUAAAUACACAUUGCCAGUUAAAUAAAAGCUUGUAAAAAUUGACAUUAUUACACAAAUUGGCUAUGUCCCACAUAAGCUCAAUAAGGCUUGUGUUGUAGGUACUUAGACAACGAUAUAUAUAAUAUAUAAAUACUUGAAUACAUAGGAAACACCCAUUACAUGACUCUGGUGCAAAUCCGUGUUCACAACAAAAUUUAAUGCCCUUACCAGGAUUUGGCACCCACUAGGGCAGAUCGGUCGUCAAAAUUAAAUUCUACUUCAACGAAAUGGUAGGCAGAGACGAGUAUCUACUUAAGUAGGAAACAUCGUCUACUAAGAGAUUUCAUUCAUCGUUACCUACGUCAUAAUCCGCUUACGUGUAUACCGGCUAAGUCGCCGAUACACGACAUUCAACUUGUCUCUAAUGACAACGACAACCCAUCAACCACAGACAGCACCAAAGACAACUUAUUAAAUUCGGAAACCCUAAUCAAAGGUACAAUUACUGACGCCUACAAAUUCCUGGCAUCCAGAGCUGGUACGUGAGCAAAAUCCCCCUCACCGCACUUCCACGCACUCUUUCUUACGCCAACAUUCUGGUAUAUGAGCGUCCCUCUCUAAAACACCCACUCACAUUGAGCUAAGUAUACAACCCCGUUUUCAGCCCACAAUUUCAGUCUAACCCCUGACGCGGCGCAAUACGCACGCUCUCUGGACAAUAAAUUUAAAAAAAAACGACAAUAAUUUUGAAAUUCGAACGCGUUUCGAAAAUCGAUGUCUGAGCCGGCGAUGAUCGCUUGACAUUUGUUUUUUCGAGGACUUUGUUGUUAAGUUGAACAGUUGACAAUAAUAAUUGACUGAUUGAUUGGUAUUAGAUUGUAUUUUAUUGUAUAUAUUGUAAGCCACAGUGCGAGUGAGUGAGGAAGUUAUCGUCGGGUACAACAGGUACGCCUACGCGACAUUGUCGAGUUCUCGCAUUUUCCGGCCUACGCUUGUGUGGGAGACGUUCUACUAAUAUUUUUCAUACAAAGAGAAUGCUGUGGUACUGGCGCUUGUGGGGCGUCCUGCUGUGCGCGUACGCCGUGCUCGCGCAGCGCGACGAGGGCCUGCUGCCGCGCGGCUCGCGCGUGCGUGUGAGCGAGCCCCCCAAGAGUGAUGAGCCCAGCUGCGACCAGCUCAAGGCCAUGUGGAGAUUUUCGAAGCGGCAAGCGAGGGCGCCAGAAAUCAUGAACGAAGUGAAUUCGUACCGCGACCCGCUCAUGUACAACGAGUGGCCCGCGUACACCGCUCUCCCGAGGGCGGCGCCAAGGUUCAGAUACCAGUACCCUUCAAUGCCUCGUGAGGCGUUCGGGCGAGUGGUCACCAAAGCGCCGCCGAACGUCGUCCGCACACCCGACUAUGAUGAGAUGUUCGGGAUGCUCAACGUGCCACACACCUCAGGGAAGAUCCUGCGGUACCCCGGCCCGUCGCGGCCCCGGGGUCCCACUUUCAUGGUACCGCCGCAAAGAGAUAGAUUCGAGGCCCUGAAGAAGUUGAUCAGACAAGAGCACGUUCGCGAGCUGCAGAGGAAAUACGAGACGGAACAGAAACAGAAGGAGCUGGCUACGGGGCGCAGCAGCAAUGAUGAGUACCCGUACUACUACGGCGAGCAGGAGCCGCGCGGACUACAGAACCUACAGGCGGAGUACGGAGAUGAUCCCAGCACCAGGCACAACAAGAAACCGCAAAGCGGCAGUCGCCAGGUAUCGCAGUUCUCACGCUACUCCGACGUGAUGCUGCCCCCCGCGCGCCGUGCCUACCACCCCUACCUGGACUACAUGCCCCUGCCCUACGCGUACUGAACUUCUAGAUCUCUCUAGAACUCCACAUUCCACGGGGCCUCCCCGCAACGUACAACACUCGGGCUUUAACUCUUUCCCAUAUCAGGAGCAUAUCUUCGCCGCUUCGCGAGCUUGUCUAGCUAACCCGCAAUAUUUUUAUAUUUAUAAAUACCGUUGCGAUGUAGAUACGCAAUCUUUCCAUUUUAAUAUACCCUUUUUGAAUAAUCAAGUAUUUUUCGAUAGGUUUAAGGUCUCGAAAUUUACUCAGCCGCGCUAGGCGGCCGUUAAUCUUAUAUUAUAUACAGGACUUCCAAACGACAAUAACAGCACGUUAUAUACAAGGAGUGCAAUUAACGUUUUAUCCGUCAAUUCCCUAUUGUAACGAAUUUGACAAUAAAAAUCAAAUAAUAGAAUUUUCUGACAAUAAAUCUGUAUGUUUUACAAUCGGUGUUUAGAUUAUAAGUAUUAGAAGAUUUAACCUUAUUAUAUUAAGGGAUGAUAAUGGAAUAUUCGGCAACAGCCGCCGCUCACAAUUUGAGCAUUAUAAUCAAAUUAUGUUUUCUACAGUCGCGAACUCCGCGGCAUGCUUUUUUUAUUAAAGUAGGAGGUACAGUCUGAGCCCGACGGCCUCAUAUCUUGAUCUCUAUUCGAGCUGCACGCUCUUCUAUAUCGUAUAAGUUAGAAACAUAACUACUUAUUUUACUUGUAUAUUUUAUGGCUUUAGUCGUAGCCCGCUAAUUAUACGUAUAUUUUACAAUUUCUGUACAUAUAUUUUUUGUAAUAUUAAUUCGUAAUACGUACAUGUUUGUUGCCUACCAAAUAGUCUCAGAUAUUAUGAAAUGGCAACACAACUUACAAAAAAUAAUUCCUUAAAGUAUUAAAUGUAAUAAAAUUCAAUAAAUGAAUAGUCCUAUUCCAUUAAUUCGAAUAGAUUCUUGAAAUAUAAUUCCUUAAUAAUUAAUUGUGAAACAUAUUUAAAUUAGUUCUUUAAAUACUGUAGUCCUUAAACGUUUUACCAGUAUAAUUUAUCGUUGUGAUUAGAGCUAAGUUUAUCGUUACCUUGUAUAAUAUUCCAAAAGCCUUCAAGACGGCUAGUCGGUCCCAGUGAGAUAAAUGCAGUAACACCGCGAAAUUCGAAGUAAGUAAAUUUCGAGAAACUGCCUCUGUCACUCUAAUUACGUAUAAAUCGAAAGUAAAAGAGAAAGAUGCCCGAAAUUUGCGAACUUCAGUAUUUGUGGGAGGCCCUCUGUUCUCGAGCAUAACUGUGUGAUCACAAUUUGCCAUUUAAUAACUGUUUGUAUUAAAUUUUGACAAAUCAGUUGUCGAUUAGUAAUGUUCGGGAAACAGGCACGUUUAGCUCCGAGGUCCGACACAUAAAUGCUUUAACUACAAUUAAAUGUUUCAUGUUUAUUGUAAUAGUAAAUAUUGUAAAUUAGCCAUUGGCGCUUCGUGCGAGCGCAGCUUUUUUAGUAUCUGUGUAUCAUAGGCAUAGGUGAACGCAGCCUAAGGUGACGUUUAAAAAUUAAUCUUAUCUGUGGAAUGUACUGUAACACGUGGUCACGAUGGCUACCCUGAUCGGGCGUACAUUUCAAAUUAUGAAAGUCCUAACAAAAUUAAAAUGCAUGUAUUAUGAAACGCUCAAGUUUAGUUGACACAAUUCCUAUACCAUUUGUCGCACUGAAAGACAAGGCUGUAAUCUAAGGAAGUUGUUACCUAUUUGUGUACUAUAUUUAUUAUUAUAUCUAUCGACUUGAUAAGUAUUGACGCGAUACGUCGAUUAACCUCACAGACUAUGAAAUUUGGCUUUAAAAUAUAUUACUCAUGUAUUAUGGCUUUAAGCGAGUCAAUGAAUUCAUUAACGUCUAUUUAUUGUGGCGAGCUACAGCUUGGCCGCGCUCGGCUCGGUCGGCUCGACCUUAAGGCUCGGCUGAUGGCUCGACAUUAAGGCUCCACUUUAAAGCUCGGCUGUAGGCUCGACCUUAAGGCUCGGCCGAUGGCACGACCUUGACGCUCGGUUGAAGACUCAACCUUAAGGCUCGGCUGAAGGCUCGAACUUAAGGCUCGGCUGAAAGCUUGACUUUAAGGCUGGGCUGAAACUCGACCUUAAGGCUCGGCUGAAGGCUCGACUGAUGGCUCGACUUUAAGGCUCGGCUGAUGGCUCGACCUUCAGGCUCGGCUUAUGGCUCGACCUUAAGGCUCGGCUGAUGGCUCGACCUUAAGGCUCGGCUGAUGGCUCAACCUUAAGGCUUUACUUUAAGGCUGGGCUGAAAGCUUGACCUUAAGGCUCGGCUGACGGAUCGACCUUAAGGCUAAACCAAAGACUCAAAGGCUUGACCAGGUUCGGCCGAAUACAGCUCGGCCUGGCUACUCUCGGCUAUCCUAUAUGUUACAACUAGCGAAACAUUAUUAUAUAAUUUUCUAACAAUAUUCUGUAGAGUUUUACACAUUAUUUUAUUGUCUUUUAAAACUCAUAUUAAGUAGUUAGCGUAUAAUAUAAAUGAGUAGUGUUUAUUGAAUGCGUAUUGCAAUUUGAAUAGGUGUUUAAUUAUGUAAUAUCUUGAACAUUUCGGUAAGAGUAGAAGUUUCGCAGUUUGCAAUGGCUGCGUUGUUCUGACGUCACUACAGAUUUGUCUAUUACUGAGUACUUUUUAUGAUCAUGGCAACUUUAGGAUCGAAGAUAUUAAAAAAAGUAUCGUAUCAAUGUUUUUCACUCCAGUGAAUGCCGGCGUGUAUCAUAAAACCGCAUUCAUAGAAGACAAACUGCAAUUUCGUUUCGUUAUAAGAUAACAGUGACGUCAUUCAUUUGACAAACUAUUGCGAAAUAUCAUAAAGUAGCAUAUGAAAUAAUCAUAUCAUAUGACUUAUAUCAAUAUACAAAUAUAUCAAGAAUGCGUGUGUUGGUAAAAAAUGUCAAUAAAAAUUCCUAGAGGGAAACUGAAAAAUGACAUUCCAAUCUCGGAUUUUAAACCCUUGAUCUGGAAAGUCUAUAUAAGUAUUUCUGUGUAUAAUUGGACAAAAAUAAACUAGCUAUUUAAACAUAGAUGUUACUCUAAAUAUGCAGUGCGGUCUUGACAAGGAGACAAUAAUGUAAAAUGACAAUAAUUGACAUUAACUCAAAGGGCUUUGCUAGUGUAAGAUCUUAUGCCAGACCGCCACUGUCGAAUAGAUACACGUAACCUAUCCAUAAUCCUUAAUGUUUUGAAAUGUAACUAUAUUAAUUGGUGGUUUUUUUGAAAAUAAAGAUAGUUACUCCAGA